ACGUCACUCCACAUUGAGGGGGGGGGGCGAGGCGCCUCCUCCCCCCUCCUCGGCGUCAACUUACUACCCCACGUCACGUGGUCUCCGCAUUGCCGAUCGAGCGUCGUUGCUGCGUCGCGCGCUGCGGAGCAAAUCGCCGCGGACCCCUGGGCUGACGCGACCCGCCACGUGGCAUCCGACAUCAGCCCCCACCGCCCGUCUUCUCGGGGGUCUCCAACCCCUACACGGACCCCGCUCGUUACGAACCCUCCGCUGGAGAGACGACUCGAGGCUCCGUGUGGGGCUACUCACGCGCUGCUCAGUACGGGUGGGUUAGGGGUCGGGCAAGAGGGUUGCGCAACUCCACGGUAGAGACGGCGCCCUGCCACUGACGGUAGCCGCGGCCGGGAUUCGAACCGAGCUCGCCGGGUGAUCUCAGCACUGCGCCGCCGAGACGUCCUCUAAACCCCCAUCCCUCCCAUCGCCACAUGGCCGCCUCCCAGACGGACCCUGUGCUUCGUGGUGGUGAUGGUGGUGGUGAUGAUGGUGGUGGUGAUGUUAGUCCCGGCUACACCGCUGGGUGGCGCUCGGAGCCGGUGGAGUCGGGACUGGCGCCCCCUCCUCCCGUCAGUACCGUGACCACAACCACCAGAGGUGACGCCGCUAACACCACCAGCAACACCAACAACAACAUUUCCAGCAGCAGCAACAACAACAUUUCCAGCAGCAGCAGCAACAACAACAUUUCCAGCAGCAGCAGCAACAACAACAUUUCCAGCAGCGGGCCGCGUGGAGCUGAAGCGCCGCGUCCACCGCCGGGAGCGGGCGGAGAGGACGCGGCCCUCGAGGCGUCGCUCUCCUUCGCGCAGCUGCUGCUGCUCGUGGAGCGCGGCGAGGAGGUCCCCGGCCUGAGGAGUCGCGGCCACGUCCGCGCCACGGGCCGCGAGCCGAGCGCCGCCACGGCGCCCCGCCAGCCCAAGCCCUGGCACCGGCCGGCGGCCCCCGCGGGGGGCCUGGCCCUGGGGCCUGUGCGGGCCUCUGGCGUGGACCGGCAGGUCCGGCAAAGGCCCGAGGGUUCUCGGAGCGGCCGUGGGCCCGUCCAGGACGCAGGCGGAGUUGGAGGGCCCACGCAGUCGGGGGCCAGUUCUUGACCCCCCUCCUUUAAGUGACGGGGACACGAUCAGAGACACGUUUGGUUAGAGACACGGGUGGUCAGAGACACGGUCAGAGACACGGGUGGUUAGAGACACGGAUGGUUAGAGACACGGUCAGAGACACGGGUGGUUGAGACAUGGUCAGAAACACGGGUGGUUAGAGACACGGGUGGUUAGAGACACGGAUGGUUAGGGACACGGAUGGUUAGAGACACGGGUGGUUAGAGACACGGGUGGUUAGAGACACGGGUGGUUAGAGACACGGGUGGUUAGAGACACGGGUGGUUAGAGACACGGGUGGUUAGAGACACGGGUGGUUAGAGACACGGGUGGUUAGAGACACGGAUGGUUAGAGACACGGGUGGUUAGAGACACGGUCAGAGACACGGGUGGUUAGAGACACGGGUGGUUAGAGACACGGGUGGUCAGAGACACGUUUGGUCAGAGACACGUUUGGUCAGAGACACGGGUGGUCAGAGACACGGGUGGUCAGAGACACGGGUGGUCAGGGACACGGUCAGAGACACGGGUGGUUGAGACGUGGUCAGAAACACGGGUGGUUAGAGACACGGCUGGUUAGAGACACGGGUGGUUAGAGACACGGUCAGAGACACGGGUGGUCAGAGACACGGGUGGUUAGAGACACGGGUGGUUAGAGACACGGGUGGUUAGAGACACGGGUGGUUAGAGACACGGGUGGUUAGAGACACGGUCAGAGACACGGGUGGUCAGAGACACGUUUGGUCAGUGACACGGGUGGUCAGAGACACGGGUGGUCAGAGACACGGGUGGCCAGAGACACGUUUGGUCAGACACACGUUUGGUCAGAGACACGGGUGGUCAGAGACACGGGUGGUCAGAGACACGGGUGGUCAGAGACACGGGUGGUCAGGGACACGGUCAGAGACACGGGUGGUUGAGACGUGGUCAGAAACACGGGUGG